GCCUGGCCGCCUGCUGCUGCAACAUUUCGUGGAUUGUUUGAUUGAUUGUAGCAUCCAUUACAGCUACUAUCGUCCAGGCGUCUACCAUACACCAUCAACCCACACCCAAGCAACAACUCAACGUCGACAACCAGCUUUGAAUCAACACGAAACUACGACUUCUCUGUCCCACCCAUAUUUCAGUACCACCCAAUCCAACUCCAGAUCAAAACAUCAUCGUCAUGGCUACGGCGGACGCAAAGAUUCAGGAGCUUCUCACGAAGCCGCGCAAUGAGCUUACUGAAUACGAAGUUUCUCUCCUCGAAGAGCACGAGUUCUCCGCCGGUCCUCUGUCGAUCCUCCAGACCGCCGUCCGCAGCCACUCCCAAGUUCUCAUUUCCGUACGCAACGGGCGCAAGAUCCUCGCGCGCGUCAAGGCCUUCGAUCGCCACAUGAACAUGGUGCUGGAGAACGUCAAGGAGAUGUGGACCGAGACGCCCCGACUCGCCAAUGGCAAGAAGGGCAAGCCGGUAAACAAGGACAGGUUUAUCAGCAAGAUGUUCCUGAGAGGCGACUCUGUUAUCCUUGUCCUCCUAAGCUAGUUCGAAUCGCACGGCAAAAUGUUUAGGUUGGAGGUUUUGUUUCACUCGCACGGCAAACACACGCGCAACACAAACUUACGGGUUAAUGGUUCAAAUGGGGGGAACGGAUGAGACCGGGCAGGUACCUCUAUUGUUGGUCGACCGAAUCGAGAGAGGCAUGCGGACUUUACCACGUUACUACACUACUCAGCUGCUCGACCAUGAUGACGACACAACCACGAAAGCAGUUCUCCCCGUCAAAAAGCGCCGCGCAGGAAAAGAGGAAAGAAGAGAAACCCAAGCAGAUUUUCAGGGGCUAUCAGAAAGGUCAUAUAAAGGGAAAACUAGUGUGAGCUCGGCGUUUAAACGUGUAUUUGGUUUUGUUUAACUCAUUUUUAUUUCUGGUAACUUGAUCAAACAGAAUACCCAGACCGUGUUUAGGUUGUCGCAUACGUCUUCAUGUUCUCGUGCCUCUUACUACGGCUGGAGCUUUGAUCAUGGUUUCAUGGUACGUCAUUGAA